AGGAGGGGGGAGGAAAAACACUAAAGGGGUAGCUAUGGAGAUAUAACGUUUUCCUGGCUGCUUUCUUUCUUUGACAGGUGUUGAGUGGGUAAAAGUCUUAAAACAGAAUCCAGCAUGUACGCCAAAGGUAAAGGAGCUGUCGUCCCUUCUGAUAGUCAAGCGAGAGAAAAGUUAGCUUUAUAUGUGUACGAGUAUUUGCUGCAUGUUGGAGCACAGAAAUCCGCACAGACCUUCCUGUCAGAGAUCCGAUGGGAGAAGAAUAUCACACUAGGAGAGCCUCCUGGGUUCCUGCACUCGUGGUGGUGUGUAUUUUGGGAUCUGUACUGUGCGGCCCCAGACCGACGGGAGACAUGUGAACAUUCCAGCGAGGCCAAGGCUUUCCAUGACUAUAGUGCAGCAGCUGCCCCCAGUCCUGUAAUGGGUAAUAUGCCUCCUAACGACGGCAUGCCAGGCGGGCCCAUGCCUCCCGGAUUCUUUCAAGGUCCUCCUGGCUCACAGCCCUCACCUCACUCCCAGCCUCCCCCACACAACCCAAACAACCCCAUGAUGGGACCCCACGGUCAGCCCUUCAUGUCUCCACGGUACCCAGGUGGACCCCGCCCAUCACUCCGCAUGCCAAAUCAGCCUCCUGUGGGAGUUCCAGGGUCACAACCACUCCUGCCAAACAGUUUGGACCCCAGACCACAGGGACAUCCAAACAUGGGUGGCCCAAUGAGGAUGAACCCGCCCAGGGGGAUGGGAGGCAUGGGCCCACAGAACUAUGGUGGAGGGAUGAGGCCUCCUCCUAACUCUCUUGGCGGCCCAGCCAUGUCAGGAAUGAACAUGGGUCCGGGUGGGCGAGGUCCCUGGCCAAAUCCUAAUGCAAACUCAAUAGCCUACUCGUCCUCAUCACCAGGAAACUAUGUGGGGCCUCCAGGGGGUGGAGGGCCACCAGGAACGCCCAUCAUGCCAAGCCCAGGAGACUCAACAAAUUCCAGUGAAAACAUCUACACUAUGAUGAACCCUAUUGGCCCCGGUGGCAACAGACCUAAUUUCCCAAUGGGGCCUGGCCCUGACGGUCCGAUGGGUGGAAUGGGGUCCAUGGAACCACACCAUAUGAAUGGGUCGCUAGGCUCGGGGGAUAUGGACGGGUUGCCAAAGAACUCUCCAAACAACAUGGCAGGUAUGAAUAACCCUCCAGGAACUCCGCGGGACGAUGGAGAGAUGGCAGGCAACUUCUUAAACCCAUUCCAAAGUGAAAGUUAUUCACCCAACAUGACGAUGAGUGUUUGAUUUUCUUUCCCCCUGCUUUUUUAUUUUUUACCUUUAUUUUAUUUUACCCCCCCCCCCCCCCCCUCCCCUCAUUUUUACUCUUCCUUAUUUGUCUCCUACCCAAUUCUGCUGCAUCUGGUGGGUUUUCCGCUCACUUUUUUCCUGUCCUCCCCUUUCCCCUUAUCCUAUCCAACAUUUCAAACACUCUGGGUCGGUUGGGGGGGUGGGUCUCACCUCAGCCGGUUGCUGUGGUUAUGGAGCUCAGGACCCUCAACUACCCACUCCAAAGCUGGCAUGGUGGCAUCGGCAGGCGAAAGCAGACCACGAGCCACAGGACGAAUCUCCACUCUGCCCCCCACCUGCCAGCCUGCCUGGCUUUCUCACCGGCCCGGGGCACUGAGGGCGUGUUAGUGUAUGAGUGUGUGUAUUUGAGAGUGUGUGUGUGUGUGUGUGUGUGUGUGUGAGUGUGUAUGCUUUUCUCUAUGGGUGGGACUGUUCCAGAAUAAAACUCACAGUGAGCUGCUGCUGCUCAGCGCCAAGGCUGGUGGUCUAAAUUCAGUCAUAGUUUGUUUCUUUAUUCUCCUUUAUUCUUUAUUUCGAUCGUCUCACGCGGUCGGCAGUCGAGGACAGAGGUGAGGCUGAGGUCAGUCGGCCCGUCUGACUGCUGUGUACAUUCUGAAAUGGAAAAAGCUAAACUGGUGAUGAUGCAUCGGGGCAAAAACGGUCUCCUCAUGAUAUAUUUGUAUAUUAUUGAUUAUAUUAUUGUUCUGAUUUUCAUAAUUGAUAUUGUUAUUGAUGUAGUCAUGAUUUUACGGAUAUUUUCCUGUAAAGGGCACAUUUGUAUCUCAACGACAUCGAAGACAGAAUAAGCACACACUCAAGAAUGCACAAUGACACCUCUGUUUACAUGAUUUUAGGUAUUUGUUUGUCUCUUUUUUUUUUUGGUUUUGUUUUCAUGUCGAUUCGUUUUGUUGGAUGUCUCCUUGCAUAUAUAUACCUCUUCCUGUGUUCUUCAUGGAACUGAUGUCAUCACUACCAGAGUACCAUUGUAAAAGUGUACUAUCUCAGUAUUGGAGUCUGUAUGAAAUCGAAGGCUGUCUGCUUGUCACACGAAUUACAAUCACUGUCAGCACUGGACCUGAAACAUUUGUAGAAUAUUAUAUCGCAUCCUCCCAAAUGUUCUGUAAAAUUUUUUCCUCACUGUCAUUUUUUCCGUCAUGCCUGAUCUGUGUGUUCAUGUGUUGUCUUUAUUGCGUUUCUACGUUUCUAUCAUGUAGCAUGAAAAGCGUAUUGCAGUCACUGUCAGAAGGCUUUUACUUCAGCGUAGCUUUAAAAAAAAUUGCUCUAAUCUUGCCUUUUCAAAGCAUCCCAACUGUGUGAUUGGUUCAUUUAAAACCCCCUCACCUCUGUUCAUUGUUGUAAUAUCCCUGACAGUUACAUGUAAGCUUGUCAUUAAUGUUUCUUGUGAUUUUGGAAUCAUGUAUUGAUUUUGAGAUGAUUUUAAAUCCUACCCGAAUGCCUGGAGGAGGAGCGGCCGGGCUUAAUUAUAAUGGGGGGUAAAAACCCUCCUCAAGGCUGUAAGGCAGUUGCUCAUUUUUUUGGUUGUUUUAUUUUUUAUUUUUAGUCCCAUGCCUGUAAAUACAACCUAUUUCGCUUAUUGGUCAUUCAAUCUCAUUUGUAUUUUCAAUACACUACUUGUCUGUGAAUCUUGUGUGGUUCCAUCUUUUUCCUUUUUUCCUCAGAAUCGAAUCCCGGGAAGCCUCAGUUAGGACUUUUUUAAGCUUGCUCACUCAUCAUCGACUGUAUGGAGAUUAGCAACAACCUAGUCAAACGGCCAUUCGUUCAAAUUGAGUGUGCCCAUAUUAUAUCACUGUGCUUCAGAUACUGUUCACUUUGCUCUUGUUGCUCUCUGGUUUAGUCAUGUUUAAUUGGAUUGGACCUUCACUGAAAUUGUUGUUUUCUUGCCCUGUGACCCUGUGGUAUCAACAGCGUGUUUCUCUCCAAUUGACAGCACCAGGCUCACCCUGUAAUCAGAUUACAAAGAGCAAAUAGUCACUCCAAGUGCUCUCCAAUCUGUCUGGUACACAGCCCCCAUACCCCUCAUCCCUCACCCUAAUCCCCACAUCCCAUCCCCUGUCCCCAGCCUUUGUUAAUCCCUGCACCUUUUGAUUUUAUUGUAAAUACUGUAAAAUGCAUUUUGAUAUCAUUGACAUGUUUUGAUAUGUCAGUCAUAACCAACGAGAACAGCUGAAAAUAAGUUAUAAAGAAUUUGUUUUGUGUUUUUGUAUUUUAAAGAGAUGGUUUGGUGUAAAGUAUCAGAUUGAGGGGAUCGCCCCUAUUGCAUAAGAUAAGGAAUACAAGAAAAUAUUUUUCUGAAUUAAUACCUCAAAAAGAAUCAAAUUUAAAUCCACUGUAAACAUUUGUAUCUCUGGUGGGAUUCACAAAUACAGCAGUGUGUUUGUGAAGGAAAAACAUUUUUGAGUCUGAAGACAGAGCUGUAUAUAGUUUUCAAGAGGACAGAGAGAGAGAGAGAGCUAACAGAUUAACACAUAAUGGCACUUGCGGCAAGUGACUUUGAUAUAUGCAGGCCUGUAUUCACAUAGAUUGACCCCAAUCGAUUAGAUUGCAAUGUAGCCUUCCAAAGAACAUCCUAAUUGUGUUGUUUAUGGUCCCUGUUAACUGCAAUAUUAAAUAUCAAUCAUCAAAUUGAUGCACCCUACCCAUUUCACAAAUGCAGGCCAAUCUAACAUCAAACCAAGGGACCAAAAGGGCACAUAAUUAACUUGAAGGUCUCUUAAAAACAAAUAUACACGUUGUCGAACACGAAUUCGGAUUUGCACAGCAUAACAUUUAGUGUUAAAACAACACUAAGUAGACUGAUUCUCCCUAAUCCUCUCUCAGUCCUUAAUUGUACAAUUGUUGGCCAUCUCUGUACUUCUAUUGUGAUGUAUAAUACUGUAACAUUUGGAGGGAUUUGGAAAAGGCAGUGUGUGUGUGGGAGGGGUAUAUUUGGCGAGGGUGGGAAGAGAAGAGAUUUUCCUGUACCUUUCAUUGUCCUUUCUGGCGACACGACAGUAUUCAAUAUGAAGCAGUCUGUCUCAUUGGGUUUGCUUUGUAUUUCAUGGUAGGCUAGUUUGGAUCUGUGUCUUAGGGACUUAGGUGUCUUGUGUAGGUAAUAAAGAUGUCCUUUGUAUGU